AUGGCGGAUGGUGCGAUGGAAAAACAGAAUCAGGAUGCGGUUCGUGAUUACCGUCGCCAGAUUGUCGAGAAAGGUAGAAUCACGACGAGCCGAAACAUCGCGAUGAAAUUGAUUAUAUUUGGUAUCCAAUUGACUAAAUUUAUUAUCAAAAGCACGCAUGAAAGCAUCCAUGGUGGCCUCUAG